AUGGCGUAUGCGAUGCCGGGCAUUCCACUCUGCAUCGUGAUGUUUCAGAGUAUCGGCGAACGAAUGAAUACCUUCAUCACUUGGCUCCUCAAACAGACCAAACUGGCGUGUCGUUGUCGGACGAGAAAUGUCUCACAGACCAAUCUGAUCUUGAUCAGCUCCAGUCUCGGCAUGACUGUGCUAACAGCAGGCGCCGCCGUCUUCUUUCGCUACGAAGACUGGACCUAUCUGGACGCUUUCUACUACUGCUUCAUCACCUUAACCACGAUCGGGUUUGGUGAUCUCGUAGCCUUGCAACGCAACGAUUCGUUGGCCAAAAGGCCUGAUUAUGUCGCCUUCAGCCUAAUCUUCAUUUUGUUUGGACUCACAGUCGUCAGUUCGGUGAUGAAUUUGCUCGUUCUCAGAUUCCUCACUAUGAAUACCGAGGACGAACGCCGGGAUGAACUCGAGGCAGCAGCACAAGAACAAGACUUGCAGCGUCUCCAUGGUGACGUAAUCUACGCCAGUAUUGCGCCGCCAAUGGUGGCAGGUGCCUCGUCUGGGCUGUUUAGAGCGCACGACUUCUUGGACAACGUUGGUCUUGUAGGGCCAGUCAAUCUGAAUCUGGGCGGUGGAGUUGGGGCUAGACACCAUAUGUCUGAGACUGGCGGUUGCUAUAGCCUACUGCUUCCACCACCCUAUAACUGCGCCGGACCGCGAGGUUGCUACGUAACAACUCGACCGAAUGCUGGCGCCUACGGUCAAUUGCAUGAAGAGGCUAGACCAUGCGAGUCAAGAAGCGCCAACCGACAGACUGGUACAGCAAGAGAAGAUGAAGAGGAUGAGCCGGCUCUGACGAAGCAGAGGCUGGCGGCAAAUGCAAAUCUACCGGCCGAUCGAGUAAAAGCAAACUACCGACCUCCUGACAAGCUGAACAGUCGACUAUCCUCAGGACUUGGCACGACUGCAGCAGUCACAAUUCGCUCGACCUCCUUUUUCUACGCUUCAGCCGUCUGCUUUCAGGGCCUUCGACACGUCUGGACGCUGAUCUUCGGCUGGUUCUCCUGUUUGUCCUCAUCAUCCAGAAACAAGGCUGUAUUAGCGGCCCGAUUCUCAGACGCCAUGGUGUCACCAGCGUCUAGCAGAAGCGCUGCAGACUCUCUAGAUCACCGGGUCUCAGAGGCUUUGGCAGCAGCUGAAACUGUACUACCAGCCUACCAAUGCCGACCUGGAAAAGUGGCAUCAGGCCAUCGCGAAGACGUCGACUGCGACCCAUCCAAUGACCAUUCGGUAAAGGAAGUUGAUGUCAACAAUCAUGGCAGUGGAAAUGUUCGCGGCAUACCGGAAGUCGAGUCAAUCAAGUUUGGUACCAAUCGGCUGGAACAGAUGGGUGCUCCAACAAAUGGUGCGAACCGAAUAGUGACCAAACUCAAGUCGACGAACCCACACAGUCGUCUUCAGUUUCCCUCGAUUACGACACAGAAUGAUGGUGAAUAUCAGCUUGCCCAUAUGCAAUCAGAAGUGGAAUUAACGGCAAGCUUGCCGAAGGAUUAUCAGGGCGGUGAUAAUGAUUGUUGUAGAAACAGACAACAGAACCCCAGCGGUGUUUGGCGGAAACACCAAGUUCCUCCCGUAUCAGCAGAAGUUUGGGAUUCGAUUGCUGACCAAAUUCAUCAGCUGCGAGUUGACCGAACUCAAGAGAGUUGCUCUUCCAAAUCGCCUGGACGCUUUCUGUUCACGGAGGUUUCGGAGAUCCCCAUCGCCUGCCCCAGCCAUCAGCCCAGGGUAAUCAUCCAGCCAUUUUAG